UCAGAUAGUUACCCCCGCCUUCACCAUGUUUGGCACUCGUAUCUUGAGGAUGCAGCCCACUCGGGCUUAUGCAUUCCCCACUCCUAAGGAGAACCAGAGCGCGCACACCAUCUCUCAGCGUCUGCGCACGCUCAAGCGGGUCCCUCCCGAGUUGAUCCCUCUCGGUCUCGUCCUUGGCGUCGCCGUCGGUGCUGCCAUCUACGCCAGCUCCCACAAGCUCCUGACCGACAAGACCCUCCGUCUGUCCCGUAACAAGCCCGAGGACCGCGAGCACUAAAAAAGUUUGUACCAUGACGUCUUCCUGACUCCAACUUUGCCGGGCGAUCAUUUGGGGUGAUUCUUGUGUUUUUGGUAUUGGCGAUCUGUAUGAUUCAACGGGGUACGCGUGGUCGAAGGAGAACACAGGGGAAAUUGGUCAAAAGUGCGUGUACAUAGUACGGCUUUGACGGGAGGAUUCUGAUCGUGUAAUAUUGCAAUAUUACUGUCGCCUGGUCUUCUCGCUCUUUGGGGUAUCAUUCUGUUGCUUCUGCUUAUU